AUGUAUGCUGCGUCUAGCAUACAGACAUGUAAAACUCAUGUGAAAUUGUGUUGGCCAGACAGCAGUGGGGUUCUUUUGCGGUGCUACUUUCAUCCUUUUGGAAGAAAGUCGCCUGCUUGCAGGGAAUCCUGCUGUGACAAGCCAUCAUCCUGCUUCGACUCAAUAUAUACGAGGAAGGAAUGUUGUAGCACGGGCUUUGCACGGCUCUUCCCCACUGCAGACGCUGUGGAGGUCGAUUGGGAGGAUGGAUCGCGAUGGGCCGCUUCCGAGGCCGGGUACGAUCCCACUGGGGCUCACCCAUCCUUCAGCUCCACUCAACGUGCCUGGGAGGCCAGCAUCAGCAACGCAUCGAUUCGGAUGUCCCAGGAGGUCUUAGGACAUCACUUGGAAUUUAUGGCUUUCAAACGCUCGGGGCCAGCUUUGGGCAAAGUACUCGAAGAACUGAGCGAGGACCUCUACCGACUAGGUCAUGUAGAGCUACUGAAGAACCAGGCACCGUCGGCAGUGGCCGUUGAUGUGGGUGCCUCGAUCGGCUUAGUCUCCGUGCUCUUGUGCAAGCUAUGGGCAGGUGCGCGAGUGGUGGCGAUGGAGCCUGCACCGCCCAACUUCCGAUACUUGCUGUGGAAUCUGCGGAUCAAUCAUGUGACGGACUGCGUGUGGCCUUUGAAUGUUGCUGCGGGGGCUUCUCCAUCACCAGAACGUCACUUCUUCUAUUCCCCCACGUAUCCGACGUGGUCCCAAUAUUGCCAGGAGGAUUGUCAAGAUGAUGAUGACUCCUGGCGUGGCGGGUACACAGAUUGGCAGUUGCGUUUCUCUGCACCAGUUGUGAGUCUGGCAGAGGUGGUUUGGGCGCUUGGCUUCAACCGCAUAGAUUUCCUCAAGGUCGACUGUGAAGGCUGCGAGUGGGAGAUCUUUGCUCCGCAUGCUUGGGAGCGUCUCCGACACCGCAUCAGAUAUGUUGCCACCGAACUGCACCAAUGGGCACUUCCAACCGAUGCUGAGAGAGGUUUGGAGGCCUCAGUCCGGGGGUUUGUGUGCAGACAUGAAGUCGUGAGGGAGAACUUCCUGUGCUCAACAAUGUGA